CACCCUCUGGCCACACUACUUCGUGCUGCUUCUUCCUGCCCUGCUGAAUUAGUCUUUUGUGUCGCGUUACAUAGAACGAGAAAAACCCCAUUUUCAACGGUUUAAGGGCUGUGGAGCAGCGAAAAACGGUGAAAAAUCAACCCGGGCUCGGAGUGUGCAACCAGAAUGGCGGGGCAGCAUUAGACCCAGUCGCUUUUCACUCGAUUUUCGGGCCAGUGCGAGCCAACGUUGGCAACCCAAAUAUCGUCGUUAAUAAUAAACAACACCACAGCAGCAGCCGUUGAGCCAGCGUAAACAGCGGAAAUAUGUACAACAACGGGGCCAGGGGCUUCUCCAUACACGACGCCUUCGAGGAGGAGACGGACGAGGCGAUACGUGUGUAUGGAUCCACUGUGAUAUCCACGCCCAUGCGGGGCGGAAAGCAAGGUCGCUCCACCGAAGACGUCUCCAUUCGCAUCCAGGACCCAAAGGGCUACAAGUACGCCGAGGACACAACGUCCCGGGACAGCGACUCGCUCAUCCAGGAGUACGGCAACCUGCCCACGGAGGAGACCAACACAUACUGCUGGCGGCAUCCAAAGGUGCGCGAGAACUGGCGCACAGUCCUGGCCGCCUUCACGCUCCUCGUCAUCGGCACCGGCCUGUUCGUGAUGGGCACCUUCGCCAUCGCCGAUCCGCAGAACACGUCGCAGGGAGUGGUGUUCUUUGUGGCCGGACUCAUCUGCUUCAUUCCGGGGGCCUACCACGUUGUCUACAUCUGGCUGGCGGCCAAGGGAUACCGAGGGUUCGACUUCUAUCACCUGCCACUCUUUACAUAAGCGCGCAGAUGGGGAGAGUUUUCUGGUUGAUCCAAGAGACGAGUAGCGAAAACUAACGAGGAAGGAGGGAGUUCUACCCCCCUAUCUAUAAUAUACAUCCAUGUGUUUGUUUAUAUUUGUAUAAACAAUUUAUUUUCUAUAAAUUAAUCGUAAAUAACCCGAACGCCGGUUUUUGUGUAACGUACGUUUUUGUGUUAGGCGGCAAAAAUUUCGUUUAGACAAAGCCGCUCUUUGAAACCCGGAUCGAAAUAUAGCAAUAUAUUUAUAUAUAUGAUUAUAUAUUUUACAACAUUUUCUAUUAUAUACUCAGUAAAGUGUUUUGUAUACCCUACCUAGAAACAAAGAGAACUAAAAUGUUUAAUACGUACGCUCGAAAUUGAUUUAAACAAAGAGAAAAAAAAACGAAAGACUUUGUAUAUGAUGCUAAAAUGUUAAAGAAUCGCUAGAGUUAUACGUACACUAUAUAUAUAAAUUGUAAUUGUAAUUUAUUGAAAUUUAAUAGCACCAGAAGCGCCAUCGCGCGUUCCAAAUGUCUUACGAUUUUCAAAAACAAAACACAAAAAAACAAAAACACUCGAAAGAUUAACAAAACCGUACACCCACGAAUCUAUGUAUAUGAUUAGUGAGCGUCUGUCCAUGGAUGCGCCUUAAAGAUCUAGACCUAGACUUUAGUCAACUUCGAAUUAUGAUUAUGAUUUAUGAACCUAAUCGAUUGUAACGAGACAAUUCUCAAGCGAAUCAUGAUAAAUAAUACCAAGCUACUAGUGAUGUAAGACGAAGCGCCGAUAUUGCAAUAUGUUCUUUUUAUAGCUAUAGUGAUGACGCGCCUCCUGUCCACUGACUUUACCCCUGACCUAACCCCCAACCCAACCACACCGUCCUAAUGAAAUGAAAUCACAUCUCGACCAGUCAUCCGCACUGAUAUACACCUCAUCUGCCGUUUAGUUCUUAAUGUUGUAUAAUUUCUUGGUAAGCGCUGCUGAAAAUGGUUGUAUUAAAUAAAACACAGAAAUGCUAAAAAUUUACCCAAAAAACCUGAAUCUGAAUAAGAUUAACGGCCAAUACAGGACCUAUUUUUCCAAAAUUAUCCAAUCCUUAGUGUGUAGUUGUAACCUGACUUUUGUACGUAUUUUCCCUAUUGAAUGUUGGUUUUUAUUCGAAUUAAACAUAUUAUUUUUGA